AUGCCGAGCACCAGGCCCAACCCUCUGGACCUCAACAAUGCCACUCCACGACGUCUGCCCAGGUUGGCAGUGAGGAACAAGUCGCCGGACGAGGUCGUUGCCAGUGAGACUUCGCAGUCUGGAGAUGACAUCCAUGGCGAGAUCCAGCCCGUGCCUGUCCACCAACAUACCCUCCCGACCGUUCGACGAGUACCGAGCAAGCCCAUCUUGAAGACCGAUCAACGACAUCACCGCCACGACUCCAAGGACAGCAAUGCCUCGGAUUAUCAUCCGCGUGGACGUCAGCCCAGCAAGAGGAAGAGUUCAGGCGUGUUGAGCUUCCUCACGUUGAAAGAGCCAUCGACCUCUGCUCUCGACCAGUUCGCCGAGCAUGAGAGGAAGAAAACCGCUCAGAAAGGCGCCAAGUCUGUUACUGCCGUCAUGGCUGGUGUCUCGUCUCAGAAACUGCCAGACCAUGUGCCUAAGGUGAAUAGCAAGUGGGACGGACUGCCAGAAAGCACAAAGCGUGAUCAGAGGGACACGGACAGGAUGAAGAGAAGUUCGAUUAUAUCAAUGGGCUCCAGUGGUCGUGGGCAGUCUCCGAGAAGACGGUUUGGCUCGACCUCGAGCAAACCCGCUGUGCGUCAGUCGCAGGACAAGAAGAGGACCACUGUUCAGGUCGCGGAGAUUAAGGACGACCGACCGAUGAGUGCUAGGACGAUGGAUUCUCCGCCACCUCCAAUCAUGAUACAUCCGGCUCUGAGAGGCCCCAUUGAUCAGACAUUCUUGCACUCGCCCUCACACUCAGCUGAUCAUGCAUGGGCAACUUCACCGGAGCUGGAUCUGCCAGAACUACCCACGCUUCAGGAUCGAGACUUCUCUAGCGGCGCGGCCACGUCUCCUGAUGCUUCACCGCGAACUCCAGUCUCCGACCCAGCGUCAAUAGCACGCCCGAAAGAUUCAAUCAAAGCUUCAGCACAGCUCAACUCCGCGAUGGAUCCCACUGCGACGUUCUGGCUCACUGAUUCUGACGAGGUCAUGGUUAAGAGUGCAGGACCAGACGUUCUUGAACCACCUACGAGCUAUCCAACGCUGCGGUCUCCUCUAUCUGCUACCAGAGUGGAAUUUGUUGAGCCCAUUGCUGAAGAACGGGACGUAGGAUCUAAGCAGAGCGUUCGAAUCAUCUCACGCAGCCCAGGCACAGACGCAAGUCCAGGACUCGUGCGCAACUUCUCGCGUCCCUCGAACUACUUUCAACAACGAUCAAGCUCCAACAUCUCCAGCGGAUCAUCAACCGUCGUCACACCUCCAGUACAUUCGCCAACCUUCUCCGCCGUACCAUCUCCAUCGACAAGACCCACGACCAUGGCAUCGAGCAUCGCACCAGCAGAUCGCGCGAAAUCGGUCUCGCCCAUUCGUGCCUUUCCCAGCGACACCACCCUCAGAGAUCGACCCUGUCAAGCACCGCAAAUCAAGAAGAAUGAGGUCUUGCCUUGGGAGAUGGUCGAGCCGCCACCUGAGCCCGCUACAUCCACCAAGCAACCGUCGACGAAGAACGACUCGGGCAAGCUGAAGCGGUUGAGUUAUAAGCUUGGGAAGAAGUAG